AUGGUUUUUGUCACAAGAACGUAUGCGGCGGCCUAUGUCCCUCGACACCCAGCCGCAAGAAGCAAUGUGAACGCAUCUGCCGCGCUUGCAGGCAAAGAUGCGUCACCUCUCGCAAAUGUAACGACACCCUUUGUCGUUGAGGACUUCCCAGUCACGGAAGACGGUCGUUGCGGCGCCAGAUACGGCACCAAGUGCUGGAGCGACGACUGCUGUUCCGCUGAGGGAUGGUGCGGGUCUGGAUACCUGUACUGUUCUGCCCCUGCCUGCCAGUAUGAAUAUGGACCGGCCUGCGAUGCCAACAGGCGGCCCGACGGGGAGGACACAGAGGAGUGGCCGCGACCUCAAUUUGGAGAUGUGCCUUAUGGAAAAGCCGUCUACCACUGUACAGUUCCCGGGACUGUUGCCCUGACAUUUGACGAUGGCCCAUGGGAGUACACUGAGGAGCUCUUGGAUCUCCUGGAUGUGAGUGAGCACGGUGUCAAAGCUACAUUCUUUGUCACCGGACGCAACCUCGGAAAGGGGGCCAUCAACGACGAAAGCAAGGACUGGCCUCGUCUCAUCCGCCGUAUGAAGGAUGAGGGCCACCAGAUUGGUAGCCAUACCUGGUCUCACCAGCGUCUGCCUACCCUCACCAAAGCACGCCUUCGCCAGCAGAUGAUCUUCAACGAGAUUGCCAUUGCUGAUAUCAUUGGCGUCUUUCCGACUUACAUGCGCCCUCCCUACUCUGCCAGCAACGAGGAUGUCAAUGAGUGGCUUGGCGAGCUGGGCUACCAUGUCACAUACUUUGACCUCGAUACGGAGGGCUAUCUGCAUGAUGACGAAGAUGCCAUUGAGGACUCCAAGGAAAUUGUCCGGAACACAUUUGAUGAUGCCGACCCAGACACUGACUCGUUCUUGCACAUUGAGCACGACACGGUGGCUGAGACGGUGCGGACCCUGAUCUCGUACACCAUCAGCGAGAUCUAUGAGGCCGGCUUCACGCCCGUGACUCUUGGCGAGUGUCUCGGCGAUCCAUAUGAGUUCUGGUAUCGAAGCCAAGAUUCCGGCUUCCUCAAGCGGGCAGUGAAUCUUUACCAGGACGUCGUGCCUACCAGAGACGGUCGUUGCGGUCCCGCGUUUGGAGAUGCUUCGUGCAUGAACCAGAAGUACGAGAACUGUUGCUCCAGGGCUGGAUGGUGCGGAGCGACCGACGGUCACUGUCUGGAUGGUUGCCAGGAGGGAUUCGGCCGCUGCGGAUUGAUUGGUUAA